AGUUGAAAUAUGACUGUUCGAUAUUGUUUUUCUUUGUGAUUGUUCGAAAAUUUCUUAAGAGCAGAUAUAACCGCGACAACUCUCUACAAUUAUUCUCAUUGCUUCGACAACUUCAUAUUGUGUGGCACAAAUUUGCAAAGUCUCUUCUCUCUCUGUUCAAAGUCAGUAAAAUUUUAAAGUCAGUAAAACGCAGUUUUGUGUGAAAAUAAUCUUUAAAUAUAAAUUAUAAUGUCAGUUGAAGAGGCUCACAGAAAUGAUAAGAAACAUACCUUUUUGGUUAAACAAAAAUUUGAAACGUGUCAUAAACAAGAUAGUGAUCAUACAAAAAAUGAAAUGGCUGCAGCAUAUGUUUAUCGAAAUACUAUUAGUAAUAUUGAACGUACUCAAAGUCCAGUAAAUCAAGCAAUCGGACAACCUGCUGAAAAUGUUAUUCAAGAGCUCACGCACCGAUUGGAGAAGAAGAACGUUAAAAGAGAUAAUGUUUAUAUUAUGUUUAAAACAAGAUUCCAGUGGUCGAAAUGUUUUAUACCGAAAAGCGAGAAGAAAAUUGACAAGCAAAUAUUAACAGACUUCCUAAAUGUUAUAUUUUGUACAAAUAUUACAGGUGAUCAUAAAUUUCCACCAUUUUAUUUUUAUGACGGUAGAAUGCAAAAAACCGCUAAGAAUAUAAAAAAUAUUCCUAAUUUAUGUACAAGAGGUGAAAUUAAAAAAAUUCUCACAGAUUGGUGCAAUAAUCAUUUUGUGAAACUUGUGAAAAAACGUCAACAGGAAACAAAUGUAAGUGACAAAGUGCUUUUAAUCGUUCUUGGAUCCAGGAUGUUUCCUGAUAUUGAUGCAAAAAAUAUUACGCAAAAUGACAAUUUCGAGGUACAGUUUCUUUCAGGAUACAAUAAACAAAUAUCAAGAAUAAAGAAACUCACGAUUAGAUUAAUAAGAAAAAAAUGUAAAAAUAAAUUUCACGACUUUUGCACAUCUUACGAUAUGAACAUUUAUGUUUCAACGAUUAACGAGGAAUGGUAUAACAAUCAGUGUGAAUAUUUCAUAAAAUUAUUUAACGACUUUUUGUCAAAUUGUUGUACAAAAGAAAAUACAAUGGUAACGUCUUCAAUUAAUCAGACACCAAAGGUAAUUAUAAAUGUAACUGAAGAAGAUACGACACUUAAGGAAAUAUCAGCACAAGUAGAAGAACAAUCGAAAAACAGGAGAAGUGUUGGAAAAUACAAAGAAAAAGUUACCCCUUCAGAUGAUGUAAUAGAAGAUCUCAAUUCUCAUAAAGAAGAUGAAGAAAAAGAACAUCAAGAACAACAGGAUAAUGAUAAAAAUAAUGAAGAAAUUAUAGAUAAUUUCACAAAAUGUUCAAACUCUGGCCAAAAAAUCGAUGGAAGAGAGUGUCAACAACUGGAAAGCACAGUAACCGUAGAUAACAUUAUAAACGGUGAAGAAAAUAUAGAAUCAAGCUCCCUAAAUUUAGAUAACAAAGUAGAAGUACACGUAGAAGACAUUCUUAGAGUAAUAGAAUCAUCCGAUACGAGUUACGACGAGGCAAAUUUGUAUAGUUUUUUGGUACAUUAUAGCUUUUGAUAUUUUUAACACAAUACGCAAGAUGGAAUAUUGAAAUUUUAUAUAUGAAACUUAAUGUGUCAUAUGUUUCUUUAUAUUACUCAUUGUUAGC